UGGUCCACCCCACACACACAGUUUGCCGCCGUCGCGCGUGCGCGGCCGCCGGCGGGGCUUUAUUUUCUGCCUCGCCUCAGAGGCGCCGCGAUUGAGGAGGACGGCAGCGACAGCGCGCGCGACCGAGAGUCAGGGUGGCGGUGCCAAACGGCGCCUGAGCGCUUGUGUGUCUUGUCCUCCCCCUUCUUCUCCCCCCUCGGUGCGUUCUCUGAGGCGACGCCGCCCGGCGGCAGAAUGACAGGAAUGGAGACUGAAACUUCAAGAGACAAAGCUGUGGAAGAAGAAAGUACUGAACAGAAAAAGGAAAGAGAGAAAAAGAAGAGGUCAAGGGUUAAACAGGUGCUGGCAGAUAUAGCGAAACAAGUGGAUUUCUGGUUUGGUGACGUGAAUCUCCACAAAGAUAAAUUUCUUCGCGAACAAAUAGAGAAGUCCAGAGAUGGGUAUGUUGACAUAUCACUUCUUGUUUCUUUCAACAAGAUGAAAAAGUUGACUACUGAUGGAAAAUUGAUAGCUCGAGCAGUCAAGAGUUCAUCUGUUGUCGAGCUGGAUUUAGAAGGAACUAGGAUCAGAAGACGCCAGCCACUGGGUGAACAACCAAAGGAUGUGGACAGUCGAACAGUCUACGUGGAACUGCUUCCCAAAAAUGUCAAUCACAGUUGGAUUGAGCGGGUGUUUGGGAAGUGUGGCAAUGUAGUUUACGUCAGUAUACCCCGAUAUAGAAGUUCUGGUGAUCCAAAGGGAUUUGCUUUUGUUGAAUUUGAAACUAAGGAGCAAGCAGAGAAAGCUAUUGAGUUUUUGAAUAAUCCACCAGAAGAAGCACCUCGGAAACCUGGUAUUUUCCCCAAAACAGUAAAGAAUAAGCCUGUUCCUGCACUGAAUACAAGUAGCAGCACUGUAGUAGAGGAAAAGAAAAAAAAGAAAAAAAAGAAAUCCAAAAUCAAGAAAGAGAGCCAUGUACAGGCAGCUGUAGAGACAAAGGAAUCAAAUAUGAACACUACGACAGAGCAAGUACCCAAGUCAAAAAGACAUAGGAAUUCAUCGGAGUGUUCAGAAAUGGAGGCAACUGAGACGCACAGGCAGCCAUCAAAGAAAGAGAAAAGAAAAUGGGACCGGACAGAAAGCUCAGAGGUACCUUGGGAAAGCAGACCAGGGAAGAGAAGAAGAACCAGCUCUGGAGAUGGCGAGACAUCAACUCCGAAAGUCAAGAAAACUGUUCAGAAGGAUGAAGUUUAUCCAGUAAAAGAAGAAACAACAGAAGCUCUGAAAGACUCCAAUGACGUUUCUGUAGAAGAUGACAAAGAAAAAAAAGACACGUCCCUUUCAAAAUCCAAAAGGAAACAUAAGAAAAAACACAAAGAAAGACACAAAAUGGGUGAAGAAGUCAUUCCACUCAGAGUGCUUUCCAAGACCGAAUGGAUGGAUCUGAAACAAGAAUAUCUGGCCCUUCAAAAAGCCAGUAUGGCCUCCUUGAAAAAAGCAAUGUCUCAAAUCAAACCUGAACCUGUGGGACAGAUGGAAACAGAAUCUUGUGCACAGAAAAACCCUCCGUCUGAAAAUGACAAAUCCACCAGGGCGGACUCUGCCCCUCCUGCCAAGGCGAACACAAUGGGGCCCCAGUUCGUCAGUGGAGUAAUUGUGAAGAUCAUUAGCACAGAGCCCCUGCCGGGCAGGAAGCAGAUCAAGGAUGCUCUCACAGUGCUGGCUGAUGUUGCCUAUGUUGACAUGCUGGAGGGAGACACGGAAUGCCAUGUCCGGUUUAAAACUCCUGAGGAUGCGCAGAUUGUCGUGAAAUCACACAAAGAAAUACAAAUCAAAAACAACUGGAAAUUCGAAGUUCUUACUGGUGACCAUGAGCAACGUUACUGGCAGAAGAUUUUAGUGGACAGACAAGCUAAACUAAACCAGCCUCGAGAGAAGAAGCGAGGCACUGAGAAGUUGAUUGCUAAAGCUGAAAGAAUGAGACUUGAAAAGACUCAACAAACAAGUAAACAUAUUCGCUUCACUGAAGAGAACUAACCAAGACUGAUCACAGCCCUGAGAGUGAACUAGGUAUUAAAAAUAAAGCAUCUGAAAACAGACCCCACAAACACCACCGCUUACAGCAACUCCAGCUGGCAUCAAACCCCAGUCCGCUUGAUCCAUAAGUCUGCAGAUUGCAAGUAUGAAGAUUGUUCUGAAUCCCAUUUUUAAAUAGGUUGAAUGUUUACUGCUUCUGAGCCUUUAGGUAAAGCUUUCGGAAAAAAAAUGUAUUGAGAGAUACUGCUUUGGUUCACUUCUGUUUUUUUGGUUUUGUACGUUGAAGUUUUCUACACUAGGUUAUGAAAUAAAAUCAAUGCUUAAGAAAUUUCUGGUUGUGCAUCU